UUCAGAGCAACACCAAGUUAACGAUUUGUGUAUUCUUCCUUUAAACAUAUGACGCUUCUCUGUGAGAGCCUAUCGAUUACUUCUUAGCAAAUGUGUCUGCCUUGGGUGAAGUGGUGUCCUUUGGGAAGCCUGUACUGUAACAAUCCCUCCACACGUCUGCCACAGGACUUGCAUCUCCGAUCAGUAACACAGGAAGAUAGCCUACCAUGGACGACCAAGAACAUUAUAGAAAUGGGAUAAAUAAUGACAAUCGGAGAACAAAUAGGCUGUCGGGUAAUAACUCAUGGCAAGAACCCAAACCUGAUGCCAAAGCUGAACCACCAGUCCCCGUAAAAAAUACCGACCCAGAAAUACAGCAGGAUCCAACUCAACCUCAAUAUUCAGAAGGAUUUACCGUGAUUACACCCAUUGAAACGCGACGGAGAAAACUGCAGAGUAUGGCUCAGAAAGAAGAGGAGGACUACCUGAAAUGGAAGGAAGAAAACAGACCUGGUCCCAUUCAGCUGGCCCCAUCUAAGCUAGGUGGUGAAGUGUCAUUGGCUGAGGUGAGGCAGAGGCAACAGGUGGAGUUACGUCAAUCUAAAUUGCAGAAAAAGCUGAGAAAAGAAGAGAUGGACCAGCAGCAGAGAAAGUCUGAGGAAGAAGAGAAUGAGAGGAUAAAGGCUAAACAGCGGGAGAAGGCUGAGAGACUGGAGGAGAGGAGAAUACAGGAGGAGAGGCAGAGGAGAGAAGUACUCCAACAGGACCAUCUCAGGAGGACCGAGCAUUUCCUUCAAAGGGUGGAGAGGUCAGAAACAGCUCCAGUGGCGUCAACUUUGCCCUUACGUGCCUCACCCUGGGCCAAGUCCCAGGAGUACAGGGAGGGGAGGAAAGAGGAGGAGAACGCUGAACUACAGUUGAAGAAAGAGAAACAGAGGAUGAUGGUGAAAUAUAUCUGCUUUUCUGAUUACAUUACCGGUGAAAAAAGGAUGUGGUCAAUAACCAGUUUCAUUCCCAUACAGCAAACAAACAGGCUACUCUAGCUAUUGGUAGCCAUUGCUAACAAAUGCUAUUUUAGUCAGAGCAGGAAUCAAACAAAACUGAGCAAUACUAAACAAACAACUAACCAUCCAGGCACAACAAUUAAGGAAUAAUCUGUCUGUCAUCAUUGUUUUAUUAGUCUUGUAAUCAUAUGAUAGCUUUAUGAAUGAAGAGACAAAAAUCUUUCUGCUGAAUGACAGGGUCAUAAAUCACUGUUAUGUUAUGUGCUUUUUCCAUCAUUUUGUUAGAGUCGAUCAGAUGGCUUGGAGGCUGGAGUUCCCUAACUAUUACCUUUAUAGAUGUAUUUCAGUGUCCUUGCCCUUCUUCAGUCCUUAUUGCUUGUCUGCAUUUCUCUCUCUCUCUCUCUCUCUCUCUCUCUGUUCUUCCCCUCAGAGUGAGGCAUUGGAGGUGAAAGAGAGAGAUCAGGAGGAGGAAAGGAGGAAAGAAUUGAUAAGGGGACGAUUAGCGUUUCUCAACCGACUGCAGGGCGGAGGCGCAGGGGUUGCGGUGGAGCAGGGGGAGGUACAGCACCCCCCUGUGGUCGUGGAGGAGAACAGCACGGACUGGCAGACCCAUAGCCAGUCUUCCAGACCACUGGACUCUUCAGCGCCUCCAGGAACUGGCCCGGCACACGACAUAUCAGAAUGGGGAGAGGAGACAAGUCCAGACCUUGAGUGGGUGGUGAUGAAACUCCAGAACAUCUUCUCGUGGUAUGACAGACCCUUUCUAGAAGACAUUGUAAUUCAGUGUGAUGGAGACUACCAAAAAGCAUAUGACUUACUGAACUAGUGCUGUAGAGUAUUCCAUUGAAAACACUUAUUCAACAUGUACUGCCCAUUUAUAACUUUAAUGGCACCUACUCUGUUAUUCAGCAUGAAGGGGACAUAUAAUGGAUAAUUUUUACAAUUACUUUUCUUUUGAUUUGAUAUGUACUCAAUGAUAUGUUAUGGUCUGACAUCAACAUUUUAACUUUGUCUGUGUUGAUAGUAGAAUUGUCUUGUUUUUUUCACUCUUGCAAGUCUCUGGAUAUAUUCAUGCAUUGAUUUGAAAGGGGCAGCGUCGUUUGAAGAUCUGAUAACAACUACCUUCUAAAAAUUGUUUAUGAACCUCUAAAUGUGUGAGCUAGAAUCUAGAUUAUUACUGAUGUUUAAAGCAGGGCGUGGUUUUUGCCUUUGUGACUUUCACUCGCUUCAUAAUAUCCAUGUGCAUAAUGGCAUGACCAUGACUUUAGGUGUUCAACUACACAUAAAAGCAUGAAAAUAGGAACUCAAGAUUAAAACUGGGCACUCUCGCUUCAUAAGCCCUAAUAAUAAUAUAUUGGGACUAUUUUUCAUUUUGCUCAAUGUGUUGUGAUGGAAACAUCUGUUGAGAGAGACUGUUUUUGUGUUUGUGUUCAUAAAGGCUAAUCACUAUAGCGUGUUCUGGCUAUUCAUGACAAGGACUUCCCAGCUGGAAGAAUGGACAGUCAUCUCCCCUGAUGUAUCCAAUUAGAUAAUAUGAUAAAGGCCUGGAUUCAAUUUGGAAGAAGCUAAUACAGCUUUUAUUAAAAAAACAUUUGGAGAGAUUGACAUUCCCAGUAAAUGCGCUAUGUUUUUAGUAUUGAUGAUUUGUGUGACCUGCCUUUUCACUGAGUUGUUGUACGUUUCACUGUAUUUUUCCAAUUCCUCCUUGGUUUAAAAUCAGUAUUUUACGUUGUGAGUCAGCUAUGAAGAGCUGGUUAAUAAAUAACAUAAUACUA